CCAUCCGCUCUAUUUCGCUUGAACUGCACGGUCUACCUAAACAAGCCGUAGUCAGGAUGUCGUGAGGACUAGUCAGGCGCCUGUUGGGUGAUACGUUGCUGUAGGGUACCUGCCCGGUACAUCCUGAAUAUGGUUAAAUUGUAGAGCAACGGGUAACCACAGGCAUUUAGUCACAAUCUCUGCAGGCAGGUGAUUGGCUGAGAGAUGACGGAGGUGGAGCUGAUGCUGGACUUUGCCUCAUCUGGCCGCUCCGGUCGUCGCAACGCCCUCCCUGACAUCCUGGGCUCACCGGCAGGGGUCAGCCCUACAGACCUGCCCCUCAAACUAGCGCAGCUGUCAGUCACUGAUGGGCCAGGUGGGGCUCAGUCCCCCAGCACAGAGGAGCCCCCCGCCCCCACAGACCACAGCGCGGGCCAGGAGGGGACAUAGACACAUUACCCUUUUGCUUGGACCACCCCAUCCAAUGGCAUCGCCAUGGAAAUGGGCGCUGAGAGAGAGACAUGCGGCAGACAAGACUUGGGGGAGAUUGAUGUCAGAGCUGUGUCCAGAGAGCCCUGUGUAGCGUGUGUGUGUGUGAGAGAGAGAGAGAGAGAGAGCGCUGGUGAGAUAGGUCUGUGGAGAAAGCGGAGAUGACAGGAGGACACUGAGAAAAGAGAAGGGGAAGCUGCUUUCAGUCCAAAGAUGAGAACUUCCUGUAACUGAACCAACGAGUUCAAGGCAAGACUAAAGAGAUGUUUUUUUUUUUUUUUUACUUUUAUGAUUUUUUUCUAAAGACAAGGAUAUAGAAAAAUGUGAGAAACCUGUGAAGAUCGUUUUAAUCAUUUCUAUUUGGUUUACUUGUUUGUAAGUUACAUUUGCCAAAGAGCAGUCUAACUGAUUUAGAAUUUUUGGCCCGGGGAAUUGUUUCCUAAUCAUGAUCACAGUACCUGUUAUGGAUUUCUUCAAUGUGGAGAUUUGGGGUCUGUGAAUGAUCCAGGUUGUUUUCUGAAAGAAAAUACUUUGAAUAUGCAGUCAUGGGAUAUCAGCACAUGGAAGGACUAUGAUGGCGGUGCACUGCCGUAAGGGUUGCUGGUAUAUUCUGUGUAUUUGGCACUAGUGUGUAUGAAACAAAAGUGUGAUUAUAUAUGUAUGUGGGUGUUUGUAUUUGUAUGUGGAAACUUUUUUAGGAAAUAUAUGUAGCAUCAUCUCAGAGAGCAAUCUGGUUAAAUAUCCCAUUGAAUUAUGUCAACAAAUGUAUUUAUAAACCCAAUCAGCCCAAGACUAAUAUCAUCUUGAUCAGGCCUGAUUGAUCAAAGUGAUCAUGUGGCUUUUCUGGUUUUGUAUCCUGAGGUCACUAAAAUGACCUUCAUCAUCUUCAACACGUGAAUGUCUAUUUUUGUCAGGUACUUGUGAAGCAAAGUCAUGUGAAGAUGUGUCACUGUGCAUUUUUGUUAUCCCUUAAGAAAAGUGACACUUGUGUUUUUUAGCAAGCCAUUCCACAUCACAUUCACAAGGAAAUGUUCAUUUUCUCUGUGAGAUGAACAGAUGAGCACUCGUAUCCUCUUUGUACAUGUAAUACUGUAACACAUGAACAGAAGGCCUCGCACUGAUGUGUUAUAAACAUGCAGUAGUCAGCAUUGUGUCCUGAGGUUAAAACCACAGGGUUAUAUCAUGGGGGGCAUUGUAAAAGCAUUGUGAUCUCAGAUAUUCUGAAGACACUUACACUUGAUAUAAAAUGUUUUUUUUUGGUGAUAAAACCUGAUGUGGGACUAAUAACAAUUCAAAAACAAUAAAUAAUUCAAAAACAA